AUGGCACAAUCGAGUCAAUUUCUUGCUAUAUGGUCUGCGGCCAAGAAGCGGUAUGCCGAGGUGACAGGGAUGGAUAUGGAUGGUGAUACCUUUCCACACCCGUCAUCUAUACGUGAUCUCCAAGCCUCUCUGGACAAACAAAAUGACAAGUUCGAGGAUUUUAGGAAGAGGCGGGCCACAGUCUUUGACGUUUUGGAGGGAGCUUGUAAGCCUAUUGAGCUCGUCAGUAAUAUAGCAGCCGGCGGGGCCGCCAUGGCAUUCCCUCCGAGUACCCUUUGCUUCGGGGCUAUCACCUAUCUCAUUAAUGCCGCAAAAGGAGUAUCGGCAUCCUACGAUGCUAUCAUUGAUAUGAUGGGCACCCUCAAGGAUUUCCUAGUGCGAUUGACGCUGUAUGACCGAGAACAGCUUCCAACCGAACUUCAGGAGAAGCUUGCUGAGAUCCUUGCCACUUUGCUGGAGGUGUUCGCGCGAUCUACGAAGGAGGUCAAAAGGGGUGUAGGGGGAAGGCUUCUUUCCAUGGGCAAGCAUGUGCUGCGUGGAAACGACAAAAAGCUUGAUGACCUUGUCAGCAGGCUUGAUAAGAUGACAUUGGGUGAAAGCCAGUUGGUUGGCGUAGAAACGCUCACAGAAAGUAAACGGACAGGCAGGAAGGUCGACGACAUCUCGGUCACCCUGAUUGAAACGAAAACCAGUAUUUCCCAAGGCAACCACAAAAUAGGCGAGCUCAACGCCAAUGUGCUGAACGUGCGAGAAAAUGUUGGCACCAUUAUGGCGGUCCUAAACGAGUCCAGGGCAGAGGCGAAUGAAGGAAGGGACAAAAAGCAUAUUGACAAGGCAAAGAGCAUACUCGACCCUUCACCCAACCCAGAAGAUAUCUACACCGCCAUUGACAGAACUCGAGUUCCUGGAACUGGUGACUGGAUCAGAAAGGAGGCAUCGUUCCAAGCUUGGAUGAAUCAGGACAGCCCGGUGCUCUGGGUCAGUGGCAUCCCGGGAAGUGGGAAGAGUUAUCUCUCUGGGAACAUGAUCUCAUAUCUCGCUCGAGAGCACCCCCAACGUGUUCAACAUGCGUCACACACGUCCGUUGCGUACUUCUUCUUCAAAGAUAACAACCCGCGAACGCGAAGUUUCAAGCAAGCGUUGAACGAUCUUGCCUUCCAGGUAACGCAGAACGACCCAAUAUACGCCAAGUACAUUGCCUCCAAUUUCCAGUCGGCUUCGGAGAUUGAAACACUGCAAAGCAAAUGGCGACGGUUGUUCGUGGACUAUUUUGUCAAGAAGGAGAAAGUGGACAGCAAGGUUUAUCUGGUUCUUGAUGGCGUUGAUGAGGCUCUGGAUUCCGAGCGACAGGAGUUCUUAGAGCUUCUUGUAGAUCUCAAAGAUGCCAGUCCGAGCAUGUCCCGCACCUCGAGCAUAAAUUUGGUAAUGGUCGGUCGGCCACAAGUCAUCAAAGACAUCAACGAAGCUUUGGAGGGAUCGAUUCCUACAAUCUUUGUCGAUUGGCGCAAGAACAAUCAAGACAUCAUCAACUAUGUCAGAGCAAGCAUCAAAAAGUCCAAGGCGCUGAAGGCAACGCCGAAAGAUCUGCAAGAGGAGAUCAUGCGAACUCUGGUGCAAGGUGCAAAUGGUAUGUUUCUCUGGGUGGAUUUGAUCAUGCGAGAGUUGAGCAAGAAAUCUCAUGUGGGAACCAUUCGGAAGAGUCUGCAUCAGGCACCCAAAGGCCUCCGGGAGAUGCUACGCCACGUCUUGGAAGGCUUCAGUUCCAGUCUUACCGAGGAGGAUGCCGCUGAUCUGAAUUUGCUUCUCAUGUGGGUGACCUGCGCUGCAACACCAUUAUCUCUGGGACAACUCGACACGAUUUUAAAGCUACAGUUGCCCGAGGGAGAGGUCGUGUUGCUACUGGAAUCAAAGCUUCGCAAGCAGUAUGCCUCCUUUUUCACCCUCGUUCGUGAAGAUGGUCUUUCCACCGCGGAUCUACAGGCAGGGGGGUUAGCCUUGGCGUUUAACGAGGACGCUGGCCAGAGGAACGACGAAGAGGGACUCGAUGAUGUUGAGAACGAUACCGACUUCGACUCGAAUCGUGAUACUACAAUCGUCACGUUCUGUCACGCUUCAAUUGGUGACUUCUUCCGUGACAAGAGUGAAAUGAAGGCUCGAUCCGGACGUGAAGACCCUGAAAUAGGUGUCAACAUCGUUGAAGCCAGAAUCUGCACACUGAAGACCUGUCUAAACUUGAUUUGCGAUCCAGGCCUGGCGAAAAAGGCCGAAGACUCUGCAUCUUCCAUUAUGCUGCAGUAUGCAAAAUUGCACUGGCAUACUCAUCUUAAAGAAGCUGUACAAGUUUUGGAUGAUGUAGUCUCAAUGGAGAAAAUAGAGGUUGGGAAUCUACUGCUUAAAAUGCUACGUGAUGAGGCCGUUGUUUUUAAAUGGUGUGGUGUACCGGCGUCGUCAUUUUUUACUUUGGAAACCCUGAAUCCCAUACGCACGUGGCUGGAGCAUUCGGACGUACUUGGUCGACUAGCUGAAGGAGACCGUCUAUGGGUAGAAACAGCGAAAACAAAUCCGGGAGAGUACUACCGUCCGACUGCUAAGGUGUUUGCAACACAAUGGCUGGAAGAUGCGUUCUGGGUCCCUAAAAUAUGCAUGCUGGUCGUUCAUAACAUCCUAAAUAUCCUCCACGACCGCACGGACAACGAUAUGCCCAAGCCACUUGAGGCAGUCCCGAUCUCUGUCAUUUUGACCGCUGCGGAAUGGCCACAACUUGAGAAGACAGCAUUAUGGCAUAGAAGGCUGGCCAUGUGUCUGCGAGAAUACAAGUACUAUGAUGAAGCAAUGGAGCACUUUCAAGUAGCAUUAGAUAUCGAUCCAGGCAUGUGGCUAGCUUACGGCGGCAUGGGGACGACUUAUGCAGCCCAGAAAAAGUAUAAAAAAGCCAUCGAACUACAGAAACUAUCGGAUUCACUCAUAGAAGGGUUGGUCUCAGGUAGGUUGGAGACGAAAUCGAAGGAACAAGACAGCAGAUCCGGUCUUACUGCCAGUCGAGGGAUUGCCAACACCAAUAUCGCCAGCUAUUACAAGGCAACGGGCGAUUCUAAUAAUGCCCUGAAAUUUUACAGGAAGGCAUUCGAGUUCCAAAACCUAAACUACGAACUUGCAUAUAACUGCAUCGAGAUACUUGCAGAUAAGAAACAAGGCUCUCAUGACAUUAUCCAACUACUGAAAGGAAUGCAGGACAUGGUGCCUGGCAGAGACUGGUCAAGGCUAACAGCCAUGAUCUGGCAGUACUUUUGGUGGGAUGAGCCAUUCUUCAUCACUUGCAAGGAGACAGCCGAGGUCCUUGAUAUAUUGCCCUGGAUGAUAGAAGUUUACGAAGUCGCAGCAUCAACAGCAAGAAAGAAUCGCAACUCAGUGCUAGCUCUAUCUCUAGAGAUAUGUAUUUGCGAACUCUACCAAGCCGCCGGUUAUGCGGAAGAGAAAGUGGUUCGCAUGUGGGAAAGGAUUCUGAAAGUAACCAGCAAUCCCGGCGCCAUGGAAAAAUCGGACAUGCAGGCCUGCAAAGACUACGUUGUCACCAAAUACGCCCCAUAUUGUCUUGAAAUGGCAAGGAAGCUCGGAAGCGCCACGCCUGAAGCAAUGCAGUGGGUCGACAAAUUAGAAAAACUGUGCAAGGUCAAGCAGAAGCCUACAGCCGACGCCCCGGAAGUGAUUACGACUAACACCUCUGCCGUAUAUCUGGGGCUAUGGUAUCGUGAGACUGGUCGUGGUGAGGAAGCAUUUGCAUGCUUCCAACCUUUCAUUAAGGAAGCCCUGAUGAUUCUCUCGGAUGAUGACCCGGACAAUGAUGUAGGUGGCUUUUAUGACCUGGCUCAUGCAUUGGUGGCAGCAGGAGAUGAGGAGAAUACUGUAGCUGCUCUGCAAUCCCUCCAGCCGCAGUUGAUCGAUGAGAACCAGGAGGAUGGAAAUGCUAGUGCUGAUGUCGAGACUGACAGUAGCGUUGGCGAAGAAAAUGAUAAAGGUGGUGAUGAUAGGGGCGACAGCGAAGGGGGGGAGGGAGAAAAAGCUGAGCACAAAAGCAGUACGGAUGAAGACAUCAAAAGUACUCAUUCAAAUGAAUCCUCCAUGGACCAAGAUAGCGCUGGCGACGGCGUCAGCCGUAACGAAUUUCCCCUGUCUGAACUCAUGAGCCGCUUGGCGAAGGCAUCACCCGACGAUCUUUAUGAAUGGCCAUGGUGCUGUGACGGACCCUGCGGUCGCUCGUUCCCAAUUUAUGCUGAAGCAAAUUUGUGCCGCAUGUGCUUAUUAGAUAUCUGUGACGACUGUCUAAAGCUGAUCAAAGGUGGCGAUCCGCGAGCGAAGAAGAUAUGCAGUCCAAACCAUGCUUGGCUGCAUGUUGAUGCUCCAGAGCAGGAGGUGAGCAAGGGCCAGAUCUUGAUUGGUGGGAAAGCCAUCCCGUUUGAGGAGUUUAAGGAGCGGUUGAGAGUCAAAUGGAAGGUUUGA